AUGUGGAAUUCAGUGUCUGCAAUAAUUGGGUACGACUGUGGUAGUAAUGCGCUCAAUGUUACGACCAUAUCCUUACUCGAUAUCGAUGAUUGCGAUAUCGAGGAUGAAGAGAGGCAACGCGUCAUUGCCCUUCGUGAAAAGCGAACUCUACUCGAGAGUUAUUUCAGCAAAUUAGAGAUCACUCACGAAGAGAUGCUGACAAACCCGUCAGGUUUUGAGGUUAAGGACCUGCUCGAGUCCGACUACAUUAAGUUCAGGGUCUUUGAUCACGCUCUGUCUCAAUUUGCGUCAGCCAAAGUUCUUCUCUCUCUGCUCUUAGAGAAGUGCAGUCCAGAUGAUUUAUUGGAGACUGCGACAGGUAAAUUAAGGAUGCACGAUAGGCCUGCGGAUGUACCAUCAUCAACUGCAAGCGCUCACUCUGAAGAUAUCGUUCAGCUCGAUCAGUCUAUAGCAACUGAUAAUUCUUCAGCGGACAGUGGUCACCCAGUAAGCCCUGCUCUCAAAAUACAGUCCACUUCUAGGACAUCACAAGGGGCAAAGAAGGUGCAAUACCGCUGUUCCUUCUGCCAGGGCGAUCAUUACGUCGCCUCGUGUGAUACGUUCAGGGAUCUGCCGUCCGUCGCUAGGAAGGAAGUCGUUGACCGUCUCUACCUUUGCUUCAACUGUUUGGGGAAGCACAGUGGCAGCGUUAAGGCUUCUGAAUCGCCCAAUGUUGAAGCCUCCGUUUCGGCAGAAGUCAAAGCCAAUAAGUCGUCCAGCGUUCAGAUCGCCAGCUCGUUCAGCGUUCAGACUCUUGAGCCGUCCAGCGUUCAGGUCUCCGAAGAGACCAAUGUUAAGGUCUCUACUUCGGACACUCAGGCGUCAAAAUCGAUCAGCGUUCAGGCGUCCGUCUCAACUGAAGCUCACGCCUCUACAUCGACCAGCUCUCAUGCCUCUCGAUCAAGCAGUGUUCCGGUCUCCGACCCGAAUAUCGAGGAGACCGAGGACUCAAUCAAGGAUUGGAGCCUCAUGGGAAUUUCAUCAUCGUCUACUAGUAGAUCGACCAGCUCAAAUAUUUGUCGUGUUGCCCUGCGAAUAGAUGUUACCUACACAUUCGAGUGCUCUUCGUCUUCGGUUCAGUCGGUAACCGCUUGUUGA